GCGGGGAAAUACCUAGGCAUGGAAGUGGCAUGACAGGGCUCAGGUCCCUGUCAUAUUUUUCACUCUCCACGAGGUCCUGCACGCUUCAAUCCUGCAGGCAGCCCGGUUUGGGGAUGUGGUCCUUGCUGCUCUGCGGGUUGUCCAUCGCCCUUCCACUGUCUGUCACAGCAGAUGGAUGCAACGACAUUUUUAUGAAAAAUGAGAUGCUUUCAGCAAGCCAGCCUUUUGCUUUUAAUUGUACAUUCCCUCCCAUAACAUCUGGGGAAGUCAGUGUAACAUGGUAUAAAAAUUCUAGCAAAAUCCCAGUGUCCAAAAUCAUACAGUCUAGAAUUCACCAGGACGAAACUUGGAUUUUGUUUCUCCCUAUGGAAUGGGGGGACUCAGGAGUCUACCAAUGUAUUAUAAAGGGUAGAGACAGCUGUCAUAGAAUACAUGUAAACCUAACUGUUUUUGAAAAACAAUGGUGUGACACUUCCGUAAAAGGUUUACCGAAUUUAUCAGAUGAGUACAAGCAAAUAUUACAUCUUGGAAAAGAUGAUAGUCUCACAUGUCAUCUGCACUUCCCGAAGAGUUGUAUUUUGGGUCCAAUAAAGUGGUAUAAGGACUGUAACGAGAUUACAGGGGAGCGGUUCACUGUUUUGGAAACCAGGCUUUUGGUGAGCAAUGUCUCAGCAGAGGACAGAGGGAACUACGCGUGUCAAGUCAUACUGACACACUCAGGAAAGCAGUACAAAGUUUUAAAUGGCAUCACUGUGAGCAUCACAGAAAGAGCUGGAUAUGGAGGAAGUGUCCCUAAAAUCAUUUAUCCAAAAAAUAAUUCAAUUGAAGUACAGCUUGGUACCACCCUGAUAGUGGACUGUAAUAUAACAGACACGAAGGAUAAUACAAAUCUACGAUGCUGGAGAGUCAAUAACACUUUGGUGGAUGAUUACUAUAAUGAAUCCAAACGAAUCAGAGAAGGGGUGGAAACCCAUGCCUCUUUUCGGGAACAUAAUUUGUACACAGUAAACAUCACCUUCUUGGAAGUGAAAAUGGAAGAUUAUGGCCUUCCUUUCAUGUGCCACGCUGGAGUGUCCGCAGCAUACAUUAUGUUACAGCUCCCAGCACCAGAUUUUCGCGCUUACUUGAUAGGAGGGCUUAUCGCCUUUUUGGCUGUGGCUGUGUCUGUUGUGUACAUAUACAACGUUUUUAAGAUCGACAUUGUUCUUUGGUAUCGAAGUACCUUCCAAUCUACAGAGACCCUAGAAGACGGGAAGCUGUAUGACGCCUACGUCUUAUACCCCAAGCCCCGCAGGGAAAGCCAGAGGCAUGCCGUGGAUACCCUGGUGUUGAAGAUCCUGCCCGAGGUGCUGGAGAGGCAAUGUGGAUAUAAGUUGUUUAUAUUCGGCAGAGAUGAAUUCCCUGGACAAGCUGUGGCCAGUGUCAUCGAUGAAAAUGUUAAGCUGUGCAGGAGACUGAUUGUCAUUGUGGUCCCUGAGUCGCUGGGCUUUAGCCUGUUGAAGAACCUGUCAGAAGAACAAAUCGCCGUCUACAAUGCCCUCAUCCAGGACGGGAUGAAGGUUAUUCUCAUUGAGCUGGAGAAAAUUGAGGACUACACAGCCAUGCCGGAGUCCAUUCAGUACAUCAGACAGAAGCACGGGGUCAUCCGGUGGCACGGGGACUUCACGGAGCAGUCACAGUGUGUGAAGACCAAGUUUUGGAAGACAGUGAGAUAUCACAUGCCGCCCAGAAGGUGUCGGCCGCCCCCUCCGGUCCAGCUGCCGCAGCACACACCUUGCUACCGCACGACAGGUGACCCAAAACUAGGCUCAAGAAGAAAGAAGUGUACUCUCAAGACUGGCUAAGACUUGCUGGACUGACACCUAUGGCUGGAAGAUGACAUGUUUUGCUCCACACCUCCUCAUUCCUACACCUAUUUUCUGCUGCAAGAUGAGGCUAGGGUUGGCAUUCUACACACCUGGUUGAGCUCAGGCUUAGAGAAGAGGAGGAUGGGAUAAGAGCUGGGGC